CUCUGCGAGAGUCUGGGAGGGUGGGCAUGACCUUCGGAGCCAGAGGCAGGCAGGCAGGCAGUCAGUCAGCCAAAAGAACCGAACUGAACCGAAUCGUAUAUCAGUUGUAAGGCAGGCGAAUCUAAUCCCGGGUUUUCAUACGACGGCAGACAGUUCACUGCUGGUAGCGUAUUAAUCCCUUGGAGAUACAACAUCGAUUGAAAGUGGCACAGACGCCAUCACGGAUUCCUAUUUUGUGGGUGUCCCGAGAGAGAGAAGAGAGAAGAGGGCGCGCGAAUGCGCGCGGUGCUACUUUCCUCAAGAGUCGUACGGGUUUGAAACCCUGGAUUUGAAGCGCGGAGCAGCCCACUGAGUUCUGGCCCCGUGUGCUUCAGCAGCAUCCGGACCGACUAUCCCAGCCGAAACUGAUGGGGUGGCUGAGUUGAAGGAGUAGGUGUACACGCCUGUCUUUUGAUCAAAUCGAGGUAUAUGCGUUUUCCCAGAGGUAAGGACUGAAUGAAAUUGAAUUUCAAUCCUCGAAUUCUUUACGGACUGAUAUAUUUGCUAUUCAAGCAGGAAAGAAGGAAUUUCAGUCUUUUCGGCUCCGCGUUUUACUACGGAGACUUUCUUCUCUUUGGCGCGAAGUCAUGAAAAUCCCUCACCGUACCCAAUGAUAUUCACAUACAUUUGGGCUUGAAGAUAGGCGCUUACUUCCAUGCGUCCUCUUUUCCUUUCCUUUUGCCAUAUUCCAGUCGGAGGGGAAACAUGAAAGAAGAAGAUUGCAAUUUUGUAUGUCUCAUCAGUCGCCUGUUUCCGUGCUUCUACUAUAUGAAUCACCUCGAUAUCCUUACUUCUUUGAAAAAAUUGCCGAGAAAACCUCAAAACCGGCGGAAGCGAAGGCAAGAAAUUGCUUCGCUCUCGAACCUAAAGGUUUCCGGUCUUUAGACUUGAAUACAAGAGAAAACGGCGUGGAAUUGUAAACCUGAGCACUCUUGGUCCCACCCGCCAGCCCUAACCUGUGAACUGCGCCUGCGGAGCAAGGUGGCCGCCGAAGACCGAAGAUGUGUUUCACCAGUCCAUGGAUCACAAAUUUUCAUCUGAAGGUAAUUGUGAAUCACGUGUAUGGAAAGCACUUGGACAUAUUCCAUCUACUAAGAACGCCGCUUGUGCGUGCUGAUUGCGAAGAUAUCCGCGUAUGUAAGUGUCUGAGAAUCGUCUCAAUCCGCUCGAGUUCUUAGUGUUUUCUAAGAGGAAAAAUGGCUCAUAAGUGACAUGGUGACAGUAAUAUCCACAGUCAUGAUUCCAUCGAAGCAAUCGAUUAAGGAAGGCCCACUAACGUUCUCCGGGGAAACUAAAGGCAAGUACGCACAAGAGUCUUGUAAUAUACACGCUCUUAAAGUUGCUUUACUAGUCGUGUAUGUCAACCUGAAACGGAAUCACACACGACUGCAACAUUACAGUCCUGACAUAAGCUGGCUCUGGACUCGAUAGCUGAAGACCUUGUCUUCUCAGCUUCUUUCUAAUAAAUGUCCAUGUAUCGGUGUCAAUUUUGUCUUGCACGUCUAUUAGAAGGUUGCAUCCACCCUCCAGUAUCUAUCCAUUCCACUAAGAGUAGUUUGAGCGAACCUGCAAGUCAACUGAAGCAUGUUUCAAAAUACUGUGCCAAAUUCCAGGCGACAAGUAACUGUUUCCAAAUUACUGAGGGUUCGAGUGUUCUGAGACGCGUGUCGCUGUCGUUGGGCCUUCCGGCUCAAUAAACUCCUCUUCCCGCAGAUCACUGCAACCAGCUCUCAUAUUCUUGCAGAACAUUGCAUUCCUCGGUCGUCCUGGUCCCUUGCCUUUUUGGGCCCCGAGGCCGUUAAAUUCCAGCCCUUACUUCUUUUAUAGAGCACCUGCAAAACGAUGUUAACCGAGGACAUGGGAACAGAGAAUAAUCGACAUGUGCAUAAUCUUAUGCGUCACAAAUUUGUUGUAGAAACUUAGAAUUAUAACCGUCUGGAAUCUUGUGUCAUGACGUGGUGUGCCUCGCUGUGUCAAUUAUCAGUUCUCGACUCAGUCUCUGACUCAAUUCUGGACUAAACACGAUUUUUCCCCAUUGGUGCUUGGUGUAAGUACAACUUUGUCAAGAUGCUGUUGGUGAGCAGUUGAAAAGGCGAAGAAAAACCCACGGUUGUCUGCAAUUCUCCCUCCUUACAGGCCAAGGAGGAAGCUUGUUUUCCUUUUGAGACCCAAAGCUUUUUGGAAAAAUCACGACAUGCAAUCUGUCGUAAGCAUUGACGAGCUUUGACGUAUAUCUCAUCGCAUUACCGAGUAUAGCUGGAGCACACCAACUCUCCAGUGUGUUCUGAACAAGCAACUUUGAGCUACUCCACUGGUACAGACGGGAAUGUGUCUGCAACUCUAGGGUGCAUCCAGCUACGGUGGCUAGCUCCGCUUCACUAUGAAGGGACAAGAAUGUUUAACCUUUGGAUGCACUUUCCUUCGACUGCUCCGCUCGAAAGAUGUAGAGUCAGGCGACUCGCACCGUCAAAGCGCAUGGCGAGGCCGAGGCCGAGGCGGGGCGAGGCGAGCAGCUACUGUAGAGCGGAGAACGCAUCGAACACGGAACUUUGUUGAGGAAGGCGAGGAGAUGGCAACUGGAUGCGCGGGACCGAGAGGAGACACGAGUAGGGCACACCUUGAAGGUUUGAACAUCAUUUGGUUCAAAGUAACAAGCGGUCAUGCCGCAAGUUUCUCUGACACAUGACCUCCCCCAACUGUUGAGAAUCUAUCGGUAGUGGAUCCUAGCGACCUAUCUACAAGAGCACCAGCUCAGCCCACCUGCGGAUUGUCUACCACCGGCGGUAGAAGUAAAGUCAGAUCUGGUAACACACGACUUUCAAACUCAUCCAUCACAUCUGCUCUGGGCUCUACUACGCGACAAUCCGAGCUCCCUACGCCUACAUGUAGCUCGCCCGAGCGUCAAUCAAUCAGAUGCGACCAGUUGUUGCGGUCAGGUUUUCAGUUUGCGCUUCAAUAAAUUGCAGAAAUUGGCCCGCACAGCUGUCAAAGUAACCUGAGGAAAAUAUACUCGCUUUCUCGCGCCGGUUCCCACCAUGGACGUCGUCGUACUUCCCAAAUCACAGAGGGUUCGAAAUGUCCGAACAGGUUGCCUUGGUAGUCGUGGAGUUUUUCUGUCCAGGGAGUACGUUGAGCGCCAUGCACCACCUUUUAAGCGACUGCUCCGUCUCUGGGACCGACGACGCAGGUCGGUUGAGUCGAGUUGCAAGAACCCCUGGCUCCCGACUUAGAUCAGGCGAGUCCUUUGUCGCCAUCACGAGCGAGGGCAAAAAUAGCAGCAGAAUAGAAAUCGAGAGCGAUUCAAGAGAAGAAUGUCUCUUCCCAUUCGGUUCUUCAAUCCCUCAUCAGAUCCAGAUCCAGGUCCGAACGAAUCGAUCGCCGGGACCCCCCGCGACCACUGUAGUGAUAUCAUUCUCACGUGGAAUAGUGCAUUCUCCAAAAAUUAUGUGUCCUUUUGUGUGUCUAGUGCUCUAAAAAGACCCCAACUCCAUACACACAAUCCCGGUCCUAUUUCGACAGGCUCUUCUGUUUCUUGUGAGUCAACACUACCCCCAAUAUGGCACUCCCCAUCCCAUAAUUAGUUCUCCCGUAACAUGGGUAUCUCCCUAUCGUCCGGAUCGAGAGCAUGCCUCCUUAGAUUCUCCCCUCCCCAAUUCUUCAUUCCUCUCCACUUCCCAAAUAGCAACCCCUCAAAGUGGCUGCGUCUCUUUUGGAAGAUUCUUACCGUCACAUUCACCCUUGGAAUCAGCAGCUGAUGUGACCUGAGCCACCCAACCUCCCCCGUCGCCGGGCGCUCCAUCUCGAGGCUCAGCCCGCGCCGUCGCUAAACAUCGGAGCCCUGCGCAACGCCCCUGACUAAUGAGAAGCGCCGGUCAGAUAUGGUCACCGUGCAAUCCGCUCUCCAUCCAGGCC